AUGUCCCGGCCGGGUCCCCGCGGGGAUAAAAGCGGCUGCGGGGCGCUGCGGUGGCUCACAACUGAGCCGAGCCCAGAUCCCCAGCACCAGCCUCCGCCGCCAGCCCGGACCAUGAGCCGCCCACGGAGCUUCGCCCCCGGCAGCCCCCUGCUGCUGCUGCUGCUGCUGGCGGCCUGCGCCGCGCUGUGCCGGGAUGCCCCCAUGGCCUGCGAGCUGCGGUGCCAGUGCCUGCAGACCCAGGCCGCGGUGAUCCCCCCCAAGCGCAUCGCCAACGUGGAGCUGAUCCCCGGGGGGCCCCACUGCGGGGUGCCAGAAGUCAUAGCCACCACGAAACACGGCAGGGAAGUCUGUCUGGAGCCCACCGCGCCCUGGGUCAAGCUGAUCGUCACCAAGAUCCUGAACAGGUACCUGCCCGGGGGGUGUCGCUGUUUGUGUUGUGCCAGCGGCCAGGGCCCCAUCGGUCCCGCUCUAUUGCACGAGCUGUCCAGGGUCCAGGGAGUGGCAGACUGA